CACACCUUACCUCAUCUUGCAGAAGAAGCUCAUGGUCCACUAUCUGCUGCUCCAGAGUCAAGGCCAGGUCCCGCCCCAUGUCACCACAGAGCACAUGAGCAACUGGCUGGUGUCUCAGAGCAAAAAAUCCCUUAGGGAGAGGGUGUGGAAGGAAACCCUGCAGGAAGGAAACAACCUCGCUCAGCUGGCCUGGGAAGUAAACACUUGCCUAAAAAUGAUGAACAUAGAGCAUGAGGCUUUCUGCAAGCUCCGCCGCUCCAUGCACCCCACCUCGCCAGCUGACAUCGAUCCUAAGGUCCACAGCAUCGUGGAAAGAGCUGUGAGGAGCAUUCUGGGCAAGCAGUCCAAUGAGCCCCAUAGCAACCUGCUCAGCCCAUCUCAGGUGGUGGUGGAGGUGGUGCCCAGGCUCCUCCUGGCCCUGUGGCUUCAGCCAGAGGAAGGCCAUUCAGAGCACCCAAUCCUAAUAAGCGGGAUGGCCGUGGGCAUGGUGGCGGCCGUAGUGGAGAAGCUAUCCUGCAUGUUAAAGGACCCUUCCCCUCACAUCCCUUUCUCCAGGGCUGCUGCUUUUGACUCUGUGCAGUCGAUCCUCGGGAGAAUCAGUCAGUCCUUCUCCACCGAUGACCUGCAGAGCCCUUUUUAUAUGAGCUCUGUCUGUGCCUUUGUGGCGGACGAGGUGCAGAGCUGCUUCCAGCCCCCUGCAGCCACCCUACCAGUUCCCCCUGUCCUCGCGGUGGCCGUUUCCACCACACUACCAGCUGACAUCCAAGCAGACCCGGCUUCUUCCCACCUGGAGGUUGUGGACAUCACCCCUAACAGAGAGGCAGAUCAGGAUUCUUCCCACCUGGAGGUUGUGGACAUCACCCGUAAGACAGAGGCAGAUCCGGCUUCUUCCCACCUGAAUGUUGAAGACAUCACCAGUAACACGGAGGCAGACCCGGCUUCUUCCCACCUGAAGGUUGUAGACAUCACCAGUAACACGGAGGCAGACCCGGCUUCUUCCCACCUGAAGACAUCACCCCACCUGAAUGUUGAAGACAUCACCAGUAACACGGAGGCAGAUCCGGCUUCUUCCCACCUGAAGGUUGUUGACAUCACCCCUAACACAGAGGCAGAUCCGGCUUCUUCCCACCUGAAGGUUGUUGACAUCACCCCUAACACAGAGGCAGAUCCGGCUUCUUUCCACCUGAAUGUUGAAGACAUCACCAGUAACACGGAGGCAGAUCCGGCUUCUUUCCACCUGAAUGUUGAAGACAUCACCAGUAACACGGAGGCAGACCCGGCUUCUUCCCACCUGGAGGUUGUGGACAUCACCUCUAACACAGAGGCAGACCCGGCUUCUUUCCACCUGAAGGUUGUGGACAUCACCCCUAACACAGAGGCAGACCCGGCUUCUUCCCACCUGAAGGUUGUUGACAUCACCCCUAACACAGAGGCAGACCCGGCUUCUUCCCACCUGAAUGUGGUGGACAUCACCCCUAAUACAGAGGCAGAGCCCAUCUCUUCCCUCUUGGAGGUUGUGGACGUCACACCUGAAGAAAGGGCUCUCACGAUGGCCGUCUCCACCACUCUGCCAGCUGACAUCCAAGCAGGGGAUGUUGCUGUGGUCAUCUCGGAUGUCACCCCACACGUCACCAAGGACGUGACACUGGAUGUUCCAUGCAGAGCUAGGAAAGGGGCAGUCCGGCGAUUAUUUUGCAGGCUUUGGAGGGCAGUGUGCUGCUGCGCCUGCCACAAGGAAGAGGAGGAACAAUAUUAAUUAUUCAUCAGACCUUCAGAAAUGGGAUUGAACCAUAGACCAUUAAAUUAUAAUUGGACUCAAUUCUGCUUUUCUUCUGUUUACUACUUAAUUUCAGAACUUUUCUAUAAACUUUCACUUUGCAAGUGUGGAGUAGGUUGUGUAAAUAAGUGGGAAACAUCCCAAUUUUAAUGCUUUUAAUAAUUUACUUGUACAUUUAAAAACAAAUGUAUUAUUUGACAACAAAAAAACAGAAGGGCGCUCAACCAAUGUUGAGUUGAAGUGCAACCAAAAUUUUUUGAAUCAUCAUAGAAAAGGAAAUAGCGCAACUCUUGCUCACUAUAAAAAAAAUGCAUUAUUUUAUUCAGGCAAGGUUAAAAGUUUAACGUUUCGGCCUAGUCUAUGAUGAUAUGCAAGUUGUGUUUGCCCAGGAAAAGGGUGACCCAGACUCACCCUGGUUCUUGAGGGUUGAAAACAGUGAAAAAUGAUCAUUAAAUAAAUGGGA